GAGCGACAGCAGUACUGUCCGCAUCAGCAUCAUAGCCAGGAGGAGAAAGUGUCCAGACUGUUAGAACAUCUGCGUUUCAGUUGGAUUUACCCACAAAGACAAAAACUAAGAAAUGUCUUCUCCGGCUCCCGCGGACAUCCCAGCCAAAGAUGAGGAAGCACCACAGCAGCCCCUCAACGUAACCAGCAACCACCGCCUGCAACAAUCACAGAUGCAAGUGCAAGAGCUGACUGGCAUUAUGAAUGUGAAUUUGGAUAAGAUUCUGAAGAGGGACCAGGAUCUGUCUAAGCUAGAUGACCAGGCUGAUGCCUUAAAAGACAAAGCCUCCCACUUUGAAACCAGUGCAGCAAAACUUAAGCGCAAGUACUGGUGGAAAAAUCUCAAGGACUAUACAUAAAACCCAGAAGAAAGAUCAUAGAAAGAAGCAACAUUACCAAAUUACCCAUAAGGCAUCACCUAUCUGAUAUCAAUGAGAUGAAAUUAAGAGUUCACACCCUGUAGUCUCUUCAUCUGAAGAGACUGUUGCAAGACCUUAACAAUGAGGAGCAGGAUGCUAAACCCAAACCUUUACAUUGUAUUUUCUAUUAUUAAAUUACAUUUUAUAGCAUUUCUUAUUUUCAUCAGUCUGGGUGUCUGUAACUGGUCACAUCAGAAUUAGAAUCAGAUUUAUCUGGCCAUGUAUA